ACGUGGCUCUCGCCGAUUAGAGCUGCUGGUCGAAUGUUGGAUAAGAGAUUUUCCGUUUUUCCUUUCACUCCUUCGCUUGUCUGUGCGUAGUCAUAAGUAGACGUUUGUUUCGGCGUUGUCCAUUCCUUAGUUGCUUCCACAAAUUCAAAAUGAAGUUGUUACUGAUUUCCUGCCUCUUCAUCGUUGCUUCCACUUUUGCCGACGAACUGAAAAUCGACGUAAUUUCUGUACCUGACGCAUGCGAAUCCAAGUCGAAAAAUGGUGACAUCCUGUCAAUGCACUACACUGGAACUUUGCUGGAUGGCACUAAAUUUGACUCCAGUUUGGACCGCAACCAACCUUUCCAAUUCCAGAUUGGAGCUGGCCAAGUUAUUAAAGGAUGGGACCAGGGCUUGCUGGACAUGUGCAUUGGUGAAAAACGUAAACUGACUAUCCCCGCAGAGCUGGGCUAUGGAGAUAAGGGAGCUGGAAACAUCAUUCCUGGCGGUGCCACACUGCUUUUCGAUGUCGAGUUGAUGGGCAUCAACCAGGCCCCACCUCCCCAGAAUGUUUUCAAACAGAUUGACAGCGAUUCCGACAACCAGUUGUCGAAAGAAGAGGUGGCAGAUUACAUAAAAAAGCACAUUCCCCCAACUGAGAAAGCUGAAGAGGUCCCUGCUGAAGAAGGAGCACCGCAGCAGCAAGAUCCUCUCAAGAUCACUGAAGAGAUCUUCCAGCACGAAGAUCACGACCGAGAUGGCUACAUCUCGUUCGAAGAGUUCUCCGGACCCAAACACGAUGAACUCUAAGUCUUCCAUUCUCGCACACAUUUGAUCCAGUUUAAAUCUCAGGUGUGAUGAUAGUUGUGUGCAGUACUUAGUUUUUUUUCUUUUGGGGAGGGACUUGGAACUUAUUUUUUCUUUUCUUUUUUUUUUUUUUAAAUCCUCAUGGGGUCUAGGUGAUGGGGUGUUGUUUUUGUUAAACCAGAUUAUUAUAUCUUUCACGUUGCGAUUCUCGUACUGAAGCUAAUUUACUUAACAGAGGUAACUUUGCCCGACGAGGAAUGUUGUACAAAGAAAACUAAUAAUAAAUCAUGACGUCUGCUCAUUCCAAAA